AUGGCUUCGCGUGCAGGGGGUUGUAGGGCUCGUUUUCGGCAAGAGAAAUCUGGUUCUUCAAAUGAAUCUUCAAAUGAAGAUAGCUAUGUUGAACGCUUGCUCGAUUGUAUUAGCAAUGGUAAACUGUCAGAGGACAGGAGGACUGCUAUGCUCGAGCUUCAAUCUGUUGUGGCAGAAAGCUCUAAUGCACAGCUAGCAUUUGGAGCAAUGGGCUUUCCUGUUAUGAUGGGCAUAUUAGAGGAAGAACGCGAUGAUGUUGAAAUGGUUCGAGGUGCCCUAGAAACUCUUGUAAGUGCCUUGACUCCUAUUGACCAUGCAAAAGGCCCAAAGAAUGAAAUUCAACCAGCUCUAAUGAACGCUGAUUUGCUCUCCAGAGAAGCUGACAACAUUUCACUUCUUCUGAGUUUGUUGUCAGAGGACGAUUUCUAUGUACGAUAUUACACUCUUCAACUUUUGACAGCUCUUCUCACAAAUUCUCCAAAUAGGUUACAGGAAGCCAUUCUGACCAUACCUCGUGGUAUAACUCGCUCAAUGGAUAUGCUUAUGGAUCGUGAGUGAGAGAGAGAUUGCUGUGCGAGAGUGAUUGCUUUGCGAGGAUGUCUGAUCUCUAUGGAGCUGCCUUGGACCAAACAUUUUUUCAAAUUCAUACCACUUCCCUCCUUUAGCAUAUAUGUUAGAAAAUAAGGUGUGGUAUCCAGAUUCAUCUGUGCUAAUAUCUAAAAGGUUUCUUUCAAAAGCUUUUAAUCAUGUCCAUCCUUUGGUGGUCUCGAUUGCUCUGUUGAUGUACGUGACAGUUUGGUAUCGAUUGGUUUUGGGAUGAAUGAAAUGAAAGCAGUUUUGAUAGUGAGAGACUUGUUAGAAGAGUUCAAGGUGAUGAAGUUGGUGUUCUAGGAUUUUCCCUUUGAGAUGAUGAUCUUCUAGGAUAAGUUGCCUUUAUAUGCUAGUGUUAGAGAAAAUUGUUUUCUUUUAGAAUUCCACUUUCUUGUAAUAGAUAAUGAAUUGACUUCCUUGAUUGCUAACAAGUACAUUAAAGAUUGGAUUCUUUCCGUUAAAUGCAUCAGACGUAUGAGAGAGUUUUGUGUC